ACAAAUUUACCUUUUCCGAAUUCUCUUCAAGUGAAAUUAAAGAAAUAUGUGAUGAAAAUAUCAAAGAUCCACCACCAUUGAACUCAGAACUUAUAGAUUUUACUAAAACCACUGAUAUCAGAGAAGAGUUAAACAAGCCUCAUAAAAAUCUUGGUAAAGAAUAUGAUAUUAAUAAACAUUAUCAAUAUGACUAUGUAAAAUCCACUGUCACAGAUUGGGUGAGGUUGUUAGAACAAACACCAAAUCCAUUAACAUUGGACCUACCAGAACAAUGGUAUCGUACUAAUGUGUGGAGAUCAAUUGAUAAUGCAUUUAUUGACAUUCCUUAUGUGCUUGUAGUUGGAGGUGAACGAUCUGGCAUAGCAACAUCAGAUUGUGAAAACCGAAACCGAUCAUUAGCAAAUAUUACACCAACACAACGUAAAAUUAUAGGUAAAAAAGGAGAUGCAUUUAUUAGGUCCAUUGGUUCACGUCAAGUAGAUUGGGCAGCAUCUGAGGCUGGAUGUCAUUGGGAAGGACCAAAUGGCACAAAAUUAAUCAAAGAAGGUGGUUUCAGUCUUCCUCGGCAGUUAAAAGAUAUAUUUUGGAAUCUUGCAGAUAAAGUCAAUUUUAAUGAAGAAAAAAUGAAAAAGAUUGAUGUUAUAGGGUUUAUUCAUGCAGGAGCAUUGAUGUUAAAGGUUAACCUUGAUAAUCCUAAAGGCUAUAUCUGUUGCUAUGUUAGAAAUUCACCUUUAGAAGUAUAUGCUGAGGUAGAAAAAUUUCCAAUGACCUUAGAUGUAAUAAUAGAAAUUUUAUAUGCAAAGAAUAAAAUUCUCCAUACUAUGGAAGUUGUUAAUAGAACCAACAUCCAAGAAGCUUACAAUAGGUGGGAAUGUUUAGGGAAGCAGAAAAGAAGAAAUGAUAGUAUUGAUUUCCCACAAUGUCAUCCUUUACCAAAAAAAAAGCAUGUCAAUACCAAUCAAAUUGAUAAUAAUAAUUAA